AUGCGCUGUGACGGGCGCUGCAUAAGCUGUGACGAUCAAUGCAUUGAGAGUUUUGUAAGCACGUGGCCUCUACCUUGGCAGUGCAUGGUGAAGGUCAACACAGCGGUUGGUCCUCGUGCAUCAUUGAGCAUUGCUCAGAUGCCAGCCUACCAAGCAUUGCCUGAGAUGAAAACGACUGCUUUCUGGCUAAGAUGCAUGCACGGGGCGUCGCUGUGCCAGUUUUGUCAUUCACCCGGACUUUUCAAACAGACAAGCCUGGACGUUGGCGUUGUGGAGAGCAAGUGCACGCAGCUGCACAGCAUUGGUUCUGCCAAAGAGCCAGCGCAUGAUAGGCAGACCCGGUAA